AUGGCUCUGCCGUUGCAAUUCGCGUACCGAACCCAGAAGGCUGUUGGUCUUGUGGACGUCGACCCUGUCUAUCAGCCCGUCCUCGGCCUCGCCGAUGUUAACUGUCGAUGCUCCCAGUACUCGCCUUGCGGUCGCUGGUUCGCCUGGGCGACCACCACCGACGUGAAUGUCAGCGAUGCCUCCACCGGCAACGUUGUCCUUAUGCUCCCCUUGAGCAACGUCUAUGAGCUGUCUUUCUCUCCCAAGGGCACCUUUGUGAGCACGUGGGAGCGCCCUAGCAAGGACGAGGCUGGCGACGCUACCAAGAAUCUCAAGGUCUGGCGUGUCGAGCAGGCGGGCGAGUCAACCCCGGUUGGCCAGUUCGUACAGAAGCAACAAGAUGGAUGGACCCUCAACUACACAUCAGACGAAAAGUACUGUGCCCGGCUCGUCACCAACGAGGUCCAGUUGUACCAGAGCGACGACCUCCAGACUGUCUGGAACAAGCUGCGCGUCGAGGGAGUGAGACAAUUCUCCCUUGGCCCUGGCCAGCUGCGAAGCGUGGCCGUCUAUGUACCCCAACGCCAGGGAUUCCCUGCUGCCGUCAAGAUCUUUGACGUGUCCAACUUCACCACCCCGAUUGCGCAAAAGUCCUUCUUCAAGAGCGACAAGGUGAAGCUCGAGUGGAACAGCCAGGGCACUAGCCUCUUGGUGGAGGCGCUGACGGAUGUGGACAAGUCGAACAAGAGCUACUACGGAGAGACGACGCUCUACCUUUUGAGCGCCAAAGGAGACUUUGAUGCCCGGGUUACUCUGGACAAGGACGGUCCGAUCCACGACGUUGCAUGGUCGCCCAACUCGAAGGAGUUUGGCGUGGUGUACGGCUACAUGCCUGCCAAAACCACCAUUUUCAACCAUCGCGCUAUCGACAUUUACGACAUGGAACGGGACUUCCGUAAGCUGUGCACGAUUGAGAGCGGAAACCCUAGCAUUUGCGAGUGGAGCGCCGACAGCCGCUUCCUCAUGACUGCGACGCUUUCCCUCGUCUUCGCAUCCCUUGAGCUCGGCCCCGACGCCUCACCCUCGGCGACAACGUUUCUGGGCACCGUCAAGACGCCCAGCAAGCCGGCAGACGAAGGUGGCGCUGCGCACAUCAUGACGAGCACCGCGCCUACUGCCUCUGGGCAUGAACGGCUUCGGACGGCCCCGACGGGCGUCCCCGGCGCCGAGACGGUGGAGCAAGGCUCCCGCCAGGUGCCCGGUGCGGAUGCUGCGGAUGGCGAUGAAAGCCUGUCCAAGGCGGCGCUGAAGAAUAAGAAACGACGUGGCCGAAAGGCUAAGGGCGAAGGCGGCGGUCAGAACGGCGGGGCGGAAGACGGCCCCGCCGGCGGCGCUGGCCAAGGCGGGAGCGGGGCGACGCUCGCCCCCGCGCCAAAACAACCAGAAUGCCGACGGGCGUAG